CACUGUGCAUGUAAAAGCAGCCGUUGCCCCGCGGCGAUCUCUCUUUUCCAUUACAUUCCAGGUUCUCGUCAGUUUGUCGAGUCGUCUCUUUUUCUUCUCUGUUGUUCUUCUUCUCUUUCCCACUUCUCCAGUCUCGUGUCCGCACCCCCCGGAGCAUCACCGGCCGGACUCCAAGGGCAUCACGGCUCACAGGUGGAGAGGUGUAGACGCUGCUUCCUUGUCGCCCCCCAGGGAGUGAGCGAGUGUUGAGCUGCCCUCCGAGAUUGUUAACCACGUAUGACAAUUUCCAUCUAUUCGGCUUCCUCUCCCAUCGAUUGCACCCUCCGUGAUCUGUUUGCUGCGGCCCGGUGAAUCUGGUCUGGCCCCCGGAUGACUCCCACCGUACUGUACUGCCUUUGUUCCCGCUUCAGCUGCUUCCCUAGACGUCUCAAUUG